UGCAUUUAAGCCAAUAUGGUAUAUGUAGUUUUAAUAAUGCAUGGAAAACUAGCCCCAAAAAGCAGGAAGACUUACAAACUUACAAAAAUGUGAUUGUUUCGUUCCAAUAUCUAAACACGGAUUUUUUUUUAUUGCGACAUUUCACCACUUGACUUUUUUUAACUUUUAAUGAACUUUUUUUGUGUUCCUUCAAAAUUAGCAGUGUUUGGUAAAUUCAUGAUUAAGAAUGGCCCUCGUCGCAACAUUUAUUCAUUGUAAAUCUAAGAAAGGACACGUUAAUUUCUGCCGCAUUGUUCUCCAUAUAUUACUUCUCACUUCACUAACAAUUUAUGCAGGGUCGGCUGCCAGUGCGAGGAAUUAUGAGAAUGCAGCAUGUUCGUUUGGACAAAGCAGAAAUUACAAGGGUGUCUGCAAACCGAUCCAGAAAUGUCCAGGAUCAUUGUCCAAUCUCCAUGCGGGUAUUUAUCCGGUCACGUGUCUUUUUGUGGGCUCUGAGAGUGGAUCUGGAAGUCGGACCCCCUUAAUUUGUUGCGAGUCAGACCCCCGAAGUCGGGUCAGCUAUCAAAAAUGUGCCGAGUACUCGGAAACGACUGCCAGAAACGACAAGGAAGCUGUGAAUGCCGCACCCACGUUUCUUCUCCCUUCGAAUAUACCGUCCUCCAAUAUCCCCAAGGAAAAUGAAGGCUGGGGCUCCGGGUCCCUGGAGACUGCAACGGUGACCCCACUCGCCUUCGUUGUCGGAGGGGAGGAUGCUCGAGUUGGGCAGUUUCCAUACAUGGCUGCUUUGGGUUUUGGACAAAACAGAUCUCGCAUUUCAUGGCUUUGCGGUGGAACGCUAGUAAGUGACCACCACGUCCUGACCGCUGCUCACUGCCUCCAAGAAAAGAGAGGAAGGGGAAAGCCAACCUUUGUGUUGAUUGGAGAUGCACAUCUAAAAGUGGAUCUGAACAACAGGGUGAAAUCCCGACGUGUCGUUCCCAUAGACCAAAUUACCAUUCAUCCCAACUACAACCCUUCCACGAAACAUAACGACAUUGGACUCGUCAAGCUGAGGGACAAGGUAGUCUUAUCGGCCAAUGUUAAGCCUGCUUGCCUCCCUCAACCUGUAAAUCGCUUGGAAAUGGGAAACAAUCAGUCUUUGUUGACAGCGGCUGGUUGGGGUUUAACGGAAUUUGCAGGAAGCCCAAGUGAAACGUUGCAAUACGUUGAAUUGAGGAGACAAAGUUCGCAACGGUGCGUGGCUGCAUAUUCGCAAGAAAGUGAUGGGUCAUCUCAGGAAAUUAUUCCUUCCCAGUUUUGUGCCGGUGCUGGAGAAGAUGAUGAUAUUCCCAAGGACACUUGUGAUGGUGAUUCUGGGAGCGGACUUACUUUAAAGAGAGUUCUGGACAAUAUUAACUUGUCACCUCGAUUUGUGGUUGGAAUUACCUCAUUUGGUUCGAAAUAUUGUGGACUUGAUAAGCCUGGAGUUUACACAAAUGUUCAAUCUUUCUUGGAUUGGUUAGAGGAUACAAUUUGGCCAAUUGAUGAUUAGUUAAAUUAGUUUAUGAAUCAUAUAUAUGUGUAAUUAAUCUAUGAAAGUAUGUGUCGUGCCACAAGAUAAUAAAUACAAACUAAAUUAACACUCCAACUAAUUCCAA